UAUAGUUUCGAAACGCGCAAAUUGCUAAACGCAAAGUGCAAUAGUGUAUAUUUUUUUUCGUUGUGAUUUGUGCGCAGUUUUGGGAAACUGCAAAUAAGUUAAUAUACAUGUCGUCGUUUUCGAAAGAGUGAAACCUUUAACAAACGUCGUCGUACUCGUACUCCCCAAACUAGCAGCAGCAGUAGCAGCAACAACAACCACACGGUCGUGUGUGUGUUAAGAGAAAAGAUGGCGACGAGUCGCACCAGUCGCAUACAAUCACAACCAAAAAUUUUUCCUUCUAUAUUUUCCAAACUUCAUGGAGCCAUCUCGGAGGCGUGUGUCUCUCAGCGUCUGUCCACGGACAAGAAAACGCUGGAGAAGACGUGGAAAUUAAUGGACAAGGUCGUCAAGUUGUGCCAACAGCCGAAAAUGAAUCUAAAGAACAGUCCCCCCUUCAUAUUGGACAUACUGCCGGACACGUAUCAGCGACUGCGUUUGAUUUAUUCCAAGAACGAGGAUCAGAUGCAUGUCCUGCACGCCAACGAGCAUUUCAAUGUGUUCAUUAAUAAUUUAAUGCGUAAAUGCAAGCAGGCCAUCAAACUCUUCAAGGAGGGCAAGGAGAAAAUGUUUGAUGAGAAUUCACAUUAUCGCCGGAAUUUAACCAAACUAAGUUUGGUCUUUUCCCACAUGCUCAGCGAGUUGAAGGCGAUAUUUCCAAAUGGUGUCUUUGCCGGGGAUCAGUUUCGGAUUACAAAGGCCGAUGCGGCCGAUUUUUGGAAGGGUAAUUUUGGCAACAGUACGCUGGUGCCUUGGAAAAUCUUUCGCCAGGAGCUCAAUAAAGUGCAUCCCAUAUCGUCGGGGCUGGAGGCCAUGGCGCUAAAGACGACUAUUGAUUUAACGUGCAACGAUUAUAUAUCGAAUUUCGAAUUCGAUGUCUUCACCCGUUUGUUCCAGCCAUGGGCAACGCUUUUACGCAACUGGCAAAUCCUUGCAGUCACACAUCCCGGCUAUGUGGCAUUUCUCACCUACGACGAGGUGAAAGCCCGCUUGCAACGCUAUAUCCGCAAGGCGGGCAGCUAUGUGUUUAGACUGUCCUGCACGCGUCUGGGCCAAUGGGCCAUUGGUUAUGUGACUGCCGAUGGCGAGAUCUUGCAAACGAUACCACAAAAUAAGUCGCUGUGUCAGGCGCUGCUUGACGGGCAUCGCGAGGGCUUCUAUUUAUAUCCCGAUGGCCAGGCCUAUAAUCCCGACCUGUCAUCUGCUGUACAAAGUCCUACAGAGGAUCACAUUACCGUCACACAAGAGCAAUACGAAUUAUACUGUGAAAUGGGCAGCACAUUUCAAUUAUGCAAAAUUUGUGCGGAAAACGACAAGGAUAUACGCAUUGAACCCUGCGGUCAUUUACUUUGUACGCCCUGUCUGACCUCCUGGCAGGUGGACUCGGAGGGUCAGGGUUGUCCCUUCUGUCGCGCGGAGAUCAAGGGAACCGAACAGAUUGUCGUCGAUGCAUUCGAUCCACGCAAGCAACACAAUCGCAAUACCACCAAUGGACGUCAACAGAAUCAGGAUGAUGAUGAUACAGAGGAUAUAGGCGACUUCAACAUAGCCACCUCUUCACUGCACGCCCUGAGCACCUCGGCAGCGGCUCAGGCGACGGCCGAGAAGCACAGUCCCCACACUUCGCCACGUUUGGGUCGCCGCAGCACCACACCCAGCCUGAUGGCGGUGCAGAAUGAUCUCUAUGCGGGCUGUGUGGGUGGUGUUGGCGGCCUCAGCUUGCCGAGCAGCAGCAGCGCGGUGGCGGUAACGUCCUCCCAGCUGCAACCACAACCCACGGCACCACCAGCGGCAGCGGUGCUGAGCAAUGGUGGUGCCUCCACAAGCAUAACACAGAAGAGCACGAACCGCAUGAGUGCACCGCUCAUUGGCUCCUGUGUGGCCAACUCCACAUACGGCCAAAAGUUGCCCAGCAAAACAGAGACCAGCUGCGAUAAUGCCUCCAUAAGCUCCUAUGCCAUACUCCAGAAUCUACAGGAUGUACAGGCGCAGGGUGGCAGUGUCGCGGUGGCUAGACGCAGCUUGGAUGAUGCCACAACGUCGUCGUCAUCAUCAUCGUCGAAUUCGUCGUCCUCAACAUCGGCAACGGCAGUGGUUGGUGCUGGUGCUGGGGCACCACCGUUACCACCACGCAAGAGCUCACCGGGCGUGGAGGCACCCGCCAAGGCUGUGGUGGUUGUUGCCACUGCACCAACAACCACACAACCACCUAGCAGCAGCAAAAGCAUUGACAACAUUCAGUGCAGUCUGGACAAUGUGCCACCACAAACCACAGCACCACCCAUACCGCCGCACGUGACGCCCAGCUUCGUGGACACUCUGGCCGAUGAUUUGAUGCGGCAACAGCGCAUCGCCACAUGCAGCAGUACCACAGCUGUAGCAGCCGCUGGUUCCGGUGGUGCAACAGUGGCCAGCAGCAUCACUUCGCCGGUUCUCUCACUGCUCGAUGAGGACAUUGUGGAGGUGGGACCGGCAGAGACCAUCAGUGGGGUGAUCGACACGCGUCCCCUCGAGGCACGUGGCACGCUUCCGAAGCUCUGUGCCACGAUUGAUGCUGACACCGCGCACUACACACAACUCUGCACCACAACGACCAGCGCUGCGGGCCUGGCGGCUGCUGCUGCUGCUGCUGCCGUGACGGUCAACAAUGGCUAUGUGGCAGCUAAUAGUAAGAAAAUGUCUCAGCCCCUAAAACCGGCGUCCCAACACCAACAGCAACAACAACAGCACCACCAGCAACCGCCUACCCCCUCCUCAGCCCAGCAGCAGCAACCGCUGCUUUAUGCGAACGUGACGAUCAAUCAAAAAGACUGUGGUACCGUACCGUAUGAGAACAUUAAUCUGGAAUAUAUUGCGCGGCUGAUGAAUGCGGGAUAUUCCAAGGAGAACGCCAUUACAGCUCUGGGCAUCUCGGGCAAUAACAUUGAAAUGGCCGGCGAUAUAUUGCGCGCCUUUGUAUCCAAUAAUAGCGCCUAAGUUUCUAAACUGGCUCGAUCGAUUGCCCAGUGUGAUUUAGCAUAGCGGAGAGAGAGAUACGAGUACAUACAAAUUAAAAGAGAGAGAAAAAACGAGCCAGGGAAGUCAUUGAGAGCCAUUAUACAGUGUGAUAUUUAGGCAAUCAUGGUAACAAAAUAUUACUUUACCUUGGUCUAAGCACCAUCAAUUUCAUUCAUUCGAAUAUAGAAUUAAGUGCAUUCUUAAUUUAAUUCAAUUUUAAAAAUUCAAUACCCGUAUCAGCGCUGCUAAUUAUGUGUGGAUUCAGAAAUAAUGUCAAGUUCUUCACAAAUAGUACAAAUAAACGAUAUCGAGAACCGAUCCGUUUCGACAACUUCUUGGCCAGUUCUCUGAGAAAACUACAAAGAACGGCUCACGGAUCCACUUCCAACACUUCUUUAGAAAACGCAACAUUAGGUUCUUUUUUAAAAUGUAAUGCACUCCACUUAUUAAACGAUAUCGAAAACUGAUCCGAGAAAACGAUGAAGAACAUCUUUGGAAAAAGUCACUAAGUCGAAAUCGGAUCCAUUUCAUGAUAAUUCAAUACAAGAUCCGAUUUACAUAUGUUCUCGCUAUUAGGCACGAGACUCCCAAAAUUUUCUUUCAAUAUUCCAAUAUUUCUCUUGUGCCUUUUACCAAAGUCUUUCUUUAUAUUUCUUCGAUUCUUACCUAAAGGUUUAGGUAUUCUUGAAUGCGGGGAGUAAACACAUAUUUCUAUUUAUAUCUAAUCCACUUUUCUGGACGUUUUACUGUAUUAGCAGAACUUGACAUUUUUCUUCAAAGAACCCACAUUUGAAUACGAAAUAGAGUACAAAUUGUCCAAUUGAAUCCGUUCCUGAAGUA